AUGGCUGCCGGUGUUAUACGGUCUGUCUGUGACUUCCGGUUGCCCCUACCAUCACACAAGUCUUUCCUGCCCACAGACCUGGAGGCUCCAGAUACUUCUGAAGAAGAGGAGGAGGAGGAAGAAGAGGAGGAAGAGGAAGAGGAGGAAGAAGAAGAGAGGAACCAGGUCCUGCAAGGUGAGGGGUCACAGGGAUGCAGCCCAGACUCCCGGAACUCAGGAGUAGCCCCUCAGGGUCCCAGCAGUCCUGAGACCCCAAUGCAGCUGCUGCGGUUCUCAGAGCUCAUCAGUGGUGACAUCCAGAGGUAUUUUGGACGCAAGGACACAGGGCAAGACCCAGAUGCCCAAGACAUCUAUGCUGACAGCCAACCAGCCAGCUGUUCUGCCCGGGAUCUAUACUAUGCUGAUCUAGUAUGCCUGGCCCAGGACGGGCCCCCAGAGGACGAGGAGGCCACUGAGCUCAGGAUACAUUUACCUGGGGGGCCUGUGGAUCAGGUGCACAGGCUGGGCCACAGAGGAGACAGGGUGCCACCACUGGGCCCCCUGGCUGAGCUCUUCGAUUAUGGCCUUCGGCAGUUCUCCAGACCCAGAGUAUCAGCUUGCCGAAGACUAAGGCUGGAGCGGAAAUAUAGCCACAUUACCCCCAUGACCCAAAGAAAAUUGCCUCCAUCCUUCUGGAAGGAGCCUGUGCCCAACCCACUAGGCCUACUGCACCCGGGCACACCAGAUUUUAGUGAUCUGCUGGCCAGCUGGUCUGCUGAGGGUGGCUCUGAGCUGCAGAGUGGAGGCACCCAAGCCCUGGAGGGGACACAGCUGGCUGAGGUCUAG